UUUUGAUUUGCGCGUUAUUAAUGAAUAUUAUUGCGUUAUUCUUGACUUAUACGUUGUAACAAGUACAGGGCCUUUGCCGUAUGAGUAAUACAUCUAGUGAUGUUUAUGUUAACUGUAGAAAUGUUAUUUCAGUGAACCUUACUUUUGUUUUCGACAACAAAAUCGGAUAGUGACGUAAUCAAAAAUCACCCGCCGCGUUAGGAAGCUACUAACAUUAUAGUUAGCGACAUCAAAGUGCUUCAUAAAAUAGCACACAAGCGGAAUAAGUGUUUGCCAUGAGUUUAAGACUAAGCUUUUUGUUCAAACUUUGAGCGUGCUACUUGCACUAUGACAUCCAACGUUGAGAACAGUUCGUUGCCUUUUUCCGACGGUGCGGGGAUGAAUUCGUCUCCAACAUCUUUUCUGGCGAGAGUGUUGGAGAGAUUGUCCUCAACACAGUUUGUACAACUGAGGACUGAGGAGGAGUGUCCCGUGGCUGUAGUUGCACUUCAGAGGUACUUAUCAGUGGAAAGUGAGCGGCCGCAGCCGCAAUGCUACGACUACGAUGUAACAGUGUGUGACGGACAGUGGAAAGCCAAAUGCUUCCUUCAUCCAUCCCUUAACCACUUAGUGUUGACAAACACUUUAAGGACCGGGGUUGAUGUUACCAUCACCGAGUGCUCUUUUGUGUUUAACGAGAUGAGGCUUGGAUUUAAUGAUGGCUACAUUUGCAUUGAAAAGCUUAGAUGUAGCGCCGAGAGAUCCACGUUGCUACACGGAGUCAGCGACGUGAGAUCGCUGACCAUGCCUGGCACAGGGGGUAGUGUGGUGCUGCACAGUGAUGUUCCUCUUCAGGUGAGACGCAAACAUUACCUCCCGCUGUGGAACGACAAUGAUCCAGAGGGAGACAUCUGGAGCUCAGCUUCUCCACCAUCUGUCACAGUUCUGGAUGUUUCCAAGAUAACUUUGAUUUCCAACCUGGAGGAUCAUUUCAGGAGCCAACGGAGAUAUUUUCCACUUCUGGUCAAGAUAAUACACAAAUCCAGAUUGAGAUAUUAUGGGAAGUUUGGGCUCAAAAUUGAUUACCCCUACCAGGCAUACUUUGAAGUUGCAGAUCAGAGUGGCAUAGUGUCCUUGGUGCUUUGGAAUGAACUAUGUCCAGAGUUUUACCAAGGACUUAAAGUGGGCACAGUAUUGUACAUUCAAAACUACACUUUGAAGCAGAGUUAUUCAAAGCGCUCAUACCCUCAAAUGGCCCAUUAUGGAAAGAUGGCUUUUAAUUCAGUAGAAAUUUGCCUCAAUCCUCGAAAUCCAGCAGCAGUGAUAACUGUGGUGCCACCAAACAUUGUACAGCCUCAGUGGGGACUGCCUGAUGUUUCUUACCAGUUCAUUACCAGGUCAGAGUUGAAUACAGAAGCCAACAACCGUGCAUUUGAUGUCAUAGGUUUGGUGACGUUUGUUGGUCGUGUUGAAAGAGUCAGAAGUAAAGGAAGCAGUGGCACAGAGAAAUUCUGGACAUAUCGUUGGGUUCAUGCUGUAGAUGGGACAUCGAAUCAUCCAUUUAUCCUUGAGAUUUUUUCCUCUUCACAACCAGACAUUUUCAACUCUAUUUGCCCAAUGACUUACCUGGUGUGCACGCAGAUGAGGAUUUGUCAAGUAGAAGGCUCACUUCCCUACCUCACAAGCAGCUGUGAGACACAGAUAUUCAUCACAGGUUACCACAAAGGUCAACCGUACGUGAGCAACCCUACAGUGAAGAGCUUCAUCCAGUGGACUAAAACUCUGAAGGACAGUGCUGUCUUAAAGAAGACAGCUGUGGGUGGCAACUACUGUUACCCACAUCCCCCGAGAAUGUUCACACAGGCUUUGGUGGAUGACUCAGCUUCUUCAGUCCACGUGCCUCUGGUCGCAGGAGCAGAUUUGAAAAAGGAGUUCGAGACACUGCAGUACAGAGAACAUAAAAGAAUGGCGAUUCAAGGAGAGAUCGUAGCUAUUCAGUACAUUAAAACACCGAAGAACAUUGAUGGAACGCAAGAUGAAGUUCCCAGAAAAGCUCAACAUGAAAACACAGAGGACCAACGAGAGCAGCAGGAGAAUGACACUGCCUCUGAACCAGAGGACCUUCCUGAAUCAGAACGUAGUGGACCAUCCCACAGUCUAAAUCAGGACAGUGGCCUGUUUACUUGGAAAAGCCACAGCUGGCCAAGGCAACAAGAAGAACUGUGUGAACAUUUGUGUCAGGGCGAUCUCUACCAGGACAGUUUCAUACAGACCUUCUCAACCAAUGCCAAAAAUGGCCUUCUUAUGUGGAGUAACCUUCAGCCAACCAGAUGGAGCCCAGAGCAAACCGCCGACACCAUUCCAUCUUUGGUUUGUCAGGGAUACUACCACAUCACAAUAUUAGGCAUAAAUAAGAAGAUAGCUGUGAAUGCUGCGUAUUUCCCCCUGAUGAGUGCUGCUGAGCCCAGAGCUAUUGGUCGACCUCAGGAUCCACAUGGAAAUACAAUGCUGUCUUGUCUGUCCUCAGGGUUUCUCUGUCCUUUAAAAGACACAAAUGAGCACAGCAGUCCAGCUGCUCUCAAACCAGAGGAGAUUAUAGCCACAUCUGGUGACCUGGAUGGCACACAUGUCGUCUGCAUCUUGGACCUUUGUCACCUUGGGGGUGAUAAAGUGGAAGUCGUGUUGAACAAGUUGUACACAGUUACAGAGAUUUCUCCCAUCUAGCAGCUUCAGAAAGAUUCAAAUUUCAGAUGCAAUACAAAUGUCAGAAAUUCCCAGGCACUAAGGAGCCACAGUUCAGUUGUAUAAACACACCUGCUUUGCUGCAUACUUCUGACCUGACCUAUUGACUCCAAGUGCCUUUUAUUUUGAUGCUGGUUAAUUGCAAAGACAGAAAAAUAUUUUAUAACGUAAUUAUUUUUUGUACAUGAAGGUAUACAAAUAAUGAUAAAAUAAAUUAAAAUUAGGCCUGUGGGUGGACAUUUACAGAAUAGUUGAGAAUAUGUGACAUUUUUAAAGUGCAGUGUGUGUGUGUGUGUGUGUGUGCAGGUGCAUGUAUUUCUUUCUUCUUGGUGAAUUUUAGUCAGUAAUCAGAUUAUCGGUAAUUCUCUGAUAGUUUGAAUGUAGCAACUCAAUGCAGUUGGGUAUACAGUGUCAGUUUGAUUCUUAUUUAAUUUUCAUUUUUUGGGGGGGCGGGGGGAGUUUACAUCUCAGCGAUGACACUAUUUUAUUGAAUUGCUGUGAUAACCAAUCCAUUUUCACCUCAAAUUUCUCCAACACCAAGUCUGGACCAAUGUUCACCCUUUAUUGCAUUAAUGCAAUCAAAUCAAUUUAUACUUUUUUAUAUUGGACAAUUGUCGAAUUCAUUUUAAAUAAAAAUAAUCUCAUAAAGGUAUCAGAAAUAGAUAAAUAAGUUCAUAUACAUAUUCAAUGAUUACUAACAGUUUGAACAUGAAAAAUAAUUCCAUAACAUACCAUUCUUAUAAGUAUAACAAUCUAUAAAAA